AUGACUCAGCCCCCACCAUCCUAUGACCAGGUGAUUCAAGAAAAGACCCAGGAGGAGCACAUUGUCAAGCCAACUGCAGCCCCCCGCAGGACCCCAUACAUUACUACAAGUGCCACACAGACUGACCCUGUGAGGGAAGAGGCCACCGCCACUGUCCCACAGUGCAGUGCAGCACCACAGUCAGAGGAGAGAAAAUCUGCUGGUAAAAAACCGCAAAAACCACCAAGGCCAUCACUGCCAAAACCAGUGGACAGAGAACCAGUCACUGAAACUGUUACACCUAUUGGUGGGAAGGUGGGAACAAAUACAGCAUCCACAAACACUGAGGACCAAAGUGUCUCUAAAUCUGAUUUAAAGCAACCCAGCCAAACAGAUCCCACUCCCACAUGCAUCAGAUCUGUUACUGUACACUGGGAUAUCCCUGCAAAUCCUCUCGCUGUUCCUGCUGCUUCUGCUGAAAUUACUACCUCUUCUUCAAACUCAGAACCUAGUCAACGCCCCGUACCACUUCCUCGUACAAAAUCCCGAAAUCAGGCAAUUUCAGAGGAGGUCAAAGUUCAGUCUUUGGUCAAGCUCGGUGAAAACUGUGACACUGUUCACCCUGAUCCAGAGGAAAUAUCCUCAAAUAAGUAUUUACAGGAAUUAUUAGAGGUCUUUAGUGCUGGAAACGAGUGUGAGGAGAACGGUGUCAUCGUUAACCAAUCAGACGAGACCUCCCAAGGUGAAGAUGCUGUUGGCGAGAUGAACACCAGCCACAAUCAACGCAACAUUCGGGCCAGGAUCCAGGCCUUCGAGAGCCAGGCCAGUGCUGAGGACGGAAAUGUGGCUGAACCAGUCAAACCAGCACCUCGACCAAGGAAGGCCACCAUCAAACCUCCUGUUGCUGCUAAACCUUCUGUAGCUCUUAAACCUCAGUUUAACCACAGUACGGAUGAUGACAAUCAAAACGCCUCAUCCACAAAUGUACCCCAAAACCAUACACCAGACCCUAGACCUCAGCCCCCUAAAAAACCUGUGGGGCUGUCUAUAAAAGAGGAGCUCGAGUUUACUUUACACAACAAGGGGGUCUUCCUAAACAGAUCACGUCCUUCUGUAUUGACCAGAGCCAACAGCAUCUAUGAAGAGGAAACCUCACCAGUUCCUCCUACACCUCCAGUGAAGCCUUUCAAGGAGCCUCUUAAACCCAACCUAAACAUAAACAACCACAACUCAGCCUCCAUGUUCACUGAGAAUGAGUAUGUGAACAGUCUAUCAAAUCACAUCCCAGUCAAGCCUCAGCGUAAUGUGGACAGCAAUGGAGGCUCUUUCACCAGACAAAAUAUAACAAGGAGACCAACCACCAUCAGGGUCCCCAGCAAAAUGGAUUCAUUCUCAGAUAGUUUUCAGGACAGUCCUCCACCUCUCCCUGUUCAGAAGCCUGUGGGUUCCCUAAAUGUCUCAGUCCACCACAAACAAAUCACAGCACCCACCCUCCCCUUCCAGGAGUCUUUCCAAUCUGGGCCAGAGCCAUCACUGCCACCUCGGAAGCCCAGUACAACCAAAACCCUCCCACCUCGCCCACCUCCAGCCAAAACAGGCCCGGGAAGACCUCCCCCACCCAGCCUUCAGGCCACAGGUCGAUCCCUUUCAGCAUCACGGGAGACUUCACCUAAACCCCAGACACAGAAGCCCCACAGGAAAGGACCUGUCUUACCUCCAAGGCCCAACCCAGGUCACCGUCUCUACAACAAAUACACUCUUGAACUUCCCCAUGGAAUUGCAUCCUUUGACUACAAUGGGAGCAAUACAGGAGAGUUGUCAUUUCAGAAAAAUGAAGUGCUUCUGCUGCUAGAGGAGAUUGACCAUAAUACAUUUGAGUGCCAAGUUGGAGAUACCAGAGGCAGAGUCCACAAGUCUCGCAUGAAGGUCAUAACUCCUCUUGACUCAGACGUGUCCACACCAUGGAGUGCUGGACCAAGUGCUUCAGGUGGAGACAGUUAUGGGAAAAGGGUGCAGGCCAUACAUGACUUCAUCCCAGAGGGUCCAGGAGAGCUGGGUCUGAGAGCAGGGGACGUUGUGACCAUGGUUGAGAAGGUGGACAGUGAGUGGUACAGAGGCACUUGUAGGGGAUCUACUGGUUUCUUUCCCAUCAAUUAUGUAAAACUGCUGUCAGAUUCACCAAAACCUCUCCCUAAAAGGAAACCGAAGCCACCAUCUGUAACCAGUGGUCCGAGAUGUGUGGCGAGGUUUGACUUUGAAGGGGAACACAGUGAUGAGCUGUCUUUCUCUGAGGGGGAUGUGAUCCAGCUGAAGGAGUACGUUGGACAGGACUGGGCUCGGGGACAGAUCGGGGGCUCUGGAAUUGGAAUUUUCCCUCUUAACUUUGUAGAGAUCAUUGAAGAUCUGCCUCCACCUCCAAGUCAACAGCAGAAGCAGACACAGCCCAGCAGCAUACCACUGCCUGGCAUGGCAGCUUCUCCAAGUGCAAACCCUCAGGUUGCCAAACCCACUCAGGCGUCUCAGUCCAAGGUGGACUGGGUGGUGGCUCUGUAUGACUAUGCUGGGAAGUCAGAGGAUGACUUGUCCUUUCAGCAGGGCGACCGCAUCCUGAUCACCCAGCAUAUUAACGAUGAAUGGAGCUGUGGCAGGCUCAACGGCAGAGAAGGCAUGUUCCCCACGGCUUUUGUUGAGAGCACCACGGCAGGUCAGCAGUCAUCUAAUGUUAGCCAGCAGGAUGAAGCUGCUGGUGGAGGGAGAGCCAGGGCUCUGUAUAACUUCACAUCAGACUGUGAGGAGGAGCUCUCUCUGCAGAUUGGGGAUAUUAUAACCAACCUGGAGUCCAUUGAUGAAGAAUGGUUCUUGGGUGAUUUGAGGGGGAAACGGGCCCUGGUCCCUAAAAACUAUGUGCAAGUACUGGGAUAGUGACAUCUCGCCCUCAGUACGAAAAAAACAGGGACACUGUUUGAUGACCACAAGUGAAAUUAGAUCUGAAAAGAGAGAUUCUUUCAGCAGUGGACGUCAGAAGUAAACCGCCUUUAACUGGAAUGCAGUAUUUCAUGUCCAAGUAGUGCGACAUCUUCUAUCAUCUACAGCAUUAACUUAAAAUGAAGUGUUUACUGAAUAAUUUAUCAUAAUUAUAAAUUUAUAUAUUAAAGUUGGCUGGUGAAGUAAACACCCUGGAUUUUGAUUUUCACUGACUGUAUUUUGUAUUCUUCACCAUUUGCACCAUCUAGUGGUUUGUCUCCUCAUUUCUGUCCCCUUAAAAUUUUUCAAGUUACAGUAUCUCCACUAUACAAAAUACGGCUAACACCUGAUGUCCUACUUUUCCUUUACAACCUGCUCUAUUGAUUACAUGGAAACAUUCAAAUAAAGGCCAGACUGAUUCACCGGAAUAAAAUACUACUGGACCAGGUCUGCAAACUCAGAAGGUUUGUGUAGGCUUGCACUGCUUCAGUAACCUUAGAUUACUCUUAUUAUUGCGGGAAGUUUUUAUAGGCACCUGUUUUUUCUGCAUUUAUAAAAUCUCAGAAACUAUUGGGGUGCCAAACUCAUGCAAAGUGGGGAGUUACAUGCUGUUCAGGCUCCAGAUUUAUACUCCCUGUUCCGUAAAAACAAAAUACAUAAUUGCUAGCACCCACUGUACCCACAUGGGAUUUUUGACAAAGUGACACCUUGUUAUAUAAAGUACAACUUUUGAGAACUAUAGCCUCUGUUUUAACAGUUUCAAACUGAACACUGCAAGGCUAUUGGAUUCAGUUCCACUGCUUGUGUAAGUCGUCUGCCCUCUAACUUGUGUCAAUACAAUUACUGAUAUGCAUUAAAAAAAACAA